UUUUUCUGAUUUAGUUAUGUUUGAGCUAUACACAAAUAGCAAAGACCCAACAUAAAAUAGAGCAAGGCCCUUCCAUCACAAACUGUUCGGGGAAACAUAGCAGGAAAUGAAGCUCUGGAGGAGGGCCACCGGUGCCCUCAAAGACCAGAGAAGCAUUCUCCUCGUCAGCCUAUCUCGCCGGUCGGCUUACCGGAACCCUGAUCUCGAAGCGUCCAUCAUUAAGGCAACCGAUCAUAAUGAUAGCUGCAUCGAUUACAGGAAUGCCCAGAGAGUUUUUGCAUGGAUUUGUGAUUCCCCGGUAAGCUUGAAGCCUCUGAUUCGAGCUCUCAGUAAACGAAUGGAGAAGACGCAGAGCUGGAUUGUGGCUCUCAAGGGCUUGAUGUUAAUGCAUGGCGUUUUCUGUUGCAAGACCCCAGCCGUUCUGAGAAUUGGAAGGUUGCCAUUUGAUUUAUCACAUUUCACCGAUGGACACUCGAAAAAGUUCGAAAUGUGGGCAUUCAAUGCCUUCGUUCGCAGUUAUUAUACGUAUUUAGAUCAAAGAUCUGUACUCUUGUAUGAGCAACGCAAGCAAACGGAAGAUCCAAUGGUACAGGAGCUUCUGAAGCUGCGAAACUGGCAAUCCUUGCUUGAUAUUCUGCUUCAAAUCAAACCCCUUGCCGAUAACAUGAGGGAAAGCCUGAUUCUUGAAGCCAUGGAUUGUGUCAUCAUGGAAAUAUUUGACGUUUAUAGCAGAAUUUGUAAUGGGAUUGCGAAGCUUCUGUUGGGAAUUUACUCGGCUGGGAAGCUUGAAGCAAGCAUGGCACUUAAGGUUCUUCAAAAGGCAAUAAGUCAGGGUGAGGAUCUUGCUCUCUAUUUCGAGUUUUGCAGCCAUUUUGGUGUCUUUAACGCCAUGGAAGUCCCCAAAGUCACUCACAUACCAGAAGAAGAUAUCAGAGAACUUGAACGUAUAAUUAAUGGAAUUUCUGAUACACCUCAAGUGAAUAAUUAUGAUUGCUUCGAUGAUAAUAAAGCUACAAUGGUAAGGGAAGAUGCUGGUGACAUUGUUGAAUACAAGAAACCCAAUGGAUUGAAGACGAUAAUAACAGACAAAUGGGAGGUUUUUGAUGAAGAUCAAUUCAAGUAUAAAAUUCAAGGGAAUGAACUCUACAAUUUUAGAACAGGAAACCCUUCAAAUUGUGCUUCUGUUCCUCUUUUGCCUGUUUAUAAACAAGAAAUUCCAGAUUUAAUUAGUUUCUAGUACUUUUGAAAAAUAUAUAUUGGGACUUGUACCUCAUGGCUUCGACGACAGCUUCUUUAUCAAUGGAUGACAUUUUUGUUGAAGAGCAAAUGGUUGAUGAUCA